CCUUUCCUGUCUGACGGUACUUAGAAGUACCCCUACAUUUUUCUCUAAUAACGUAGGUACGAAAACACUUUAUGUUAACUUCAACUGAUGAUCCUUUAGAGUACCGUUUCCGUAAGCCAAUCACAACGCGUUAUUUGAAUUACCGCGUGAUGUUGCCGAAUAAUUUGAAGAGCGAGUUACAACCUGUAGAACAUUUCAUCACUUCACGUUGCAGUGUAAUUAGAAUUGUUUUAUAAAUAGAAUAUCACAGUCAUUGAAAUGAACAUUAAAAACAUUAGUGCUCUGAUUGAAGCUCUGUUAUUAGAAGAACUUCCGGACUGCGACGAAGAUUCUGAUGCAGGCGUGUCCGAUGAUGAAGUUGAAAAUCUUCAAGUACCCUCACCAUGUGGCUUCGAUGAGGUUUUCGAAAAAGCUCUAGACAGUAUCUUUGCCGAAGUUCCGCCGUCGUCGCCGCCAAAUGAAAAUGUAAUGGAGUGCCCUAUAAAUCAGGAAUCCACAUCUAAAGUUCAGACUGAUCUUCUAUCUGCAAAUACGUCUUCACACCGAACUAACCAGCGAUUACACGAACCAAACCGUAAAUGGAAAAAGAGGAACCUAGACACAAUUUUACCAGAAUACAUUGCAGAUACUAAAGUUGUAGAAGACUGUUUUGCUCACUGUACAACACCAACUGAUAUAUUUUUAGUAUUGAUUGGAGAUAUUAUUGACAAUAUCGUAUACCAAAGUAACCAUUAUGUCACUCAGAAAGGCAAGGUAUUGAACCUGAAAAAGGAGGAACUUCUAACAUUUAUAGGUAUGAAUUUUUUUAUGGGUUACAAUACUCGUCCGGCGUGGAGAGACCAUUACUCUUCGGCACCUGAUCUCAACCGAUGGUUGAUUCGCUCAAUAAAAAAUUUCAAGAAGUGUAUCAUGGUACUCGCGAGCUGAGUGUAGAUGAGUCAAUGGCUAAAUUUAAAGGUAGGUCAGUCUUGAAACAAUAUCUACCUAUGAAGCCUAUAAAAAGGGGGUACAAGUUGUGGUAUCUUGCUGACCAGAGGGGUUAUAUAAAGAAGUUUCAAAUUUACCAAGGAAAAGACGAAGAACUGAACUCAAAAUUUACCGGCUAUGGCUUGGGAGAGAAAGUAGUCUUGGAGUUAACAGAACAAGAUUGGGGUAAAGGAAAGGUAGUUUACUUUGAUAAUUUUUUCUCGUCUGU